AUGAUGCUCAGUGAAGAAAUACCACUUCCUGAACCAGAAGCAUUUGCAACUAGCAGAUUGGCCUCCCAGCUGGCUGUUGUCCUGCUUUCUGCUGACCUGGACCUGCUGCAACACACAGAAGCAUGGGUGCGAACAGUUAUGCCUGCAGGCCCUCAAGUCCCUGAAGAUUCAGUAAGAAUUGAUCGUGAAACUAAACCACAGACCACCAUUCACUCAUCUGUUCCUCUACCAGGCAGCGUUAUUGAUUAUUCAGAGGAGAUACAAGAACAUCCUUCACAUGUGAUUAAAAGUGUUAUGAUUGAAGACACACCUGAGGAGGUAGAUCAUCUGAACACAUCUGGAGUUUGUUUGGAUGCUUAUCACAAAGAAUCUGAGCUGGAGCAAUGUACAACCCAAGAAGAAGUUCCAUAUAUUCCAUACGACUUAGCUACAUUAUAUAUCAUCAAGAUUGUAAAAGACAUGCAGCAAAUGAAAAACAAACACAUGAAGAUAAUCAGACAACUAGACAAUAUAAGGAAAGAAAACCAGGAACAGACUAUAACUACUAUAAAGAAACAUUAUGGUGAGAAAAUGAGGAUUCUGAAAUCCCAGUUAGAAGCUUACCGAGAGCUGAUGAACAAGAGCAACACACACUGGCAAGAUACAGUUAAGAGCCUGAGGGAGAGAAACAGACAACUGAUCCAAGAGAAGGAAGAUCUUCUGCACCAAAUGAAGCAACAAACAGAGAAAUGGGAAGAAGAAAAGGUCUGGAUUCUAGAAAAUUUGGGUAAAAACCUAGAUUAUCUUUAUACCCAGCACACACUAACUUUGCAGGAACUUCACAACAUCAAUCUGUAUGUGGAAAGAGUGCAUGACCUCAUGAAUUUCCAGAUAAAAAUUCUUCAGCAAAAGUCUGAAAAGACAGAAGGAGAAAAAGCAGAUGUGUCAGAGGUUUUAGAAUUAAAAACAGAACAAAUAGCUAAUGAAGAAGAGAAACCUGAAUGGUCAGUGGAAAAGGGAUAUCUUUGGCAAGCACACACCAUGCUGCAAAAGAUACAGGAAUCUUUACAGAAACGAGAGAGAGAAGUCACUGAGCUCCUACAAAGCGAAAGAAGGUGUAACAAGGCAAUGAAUCCUCAAAUCACAGUGCUGAUAUUCUUGAAAACUCUUGUCAAGAAGGUUCACACCAUAUAUUGUGAUGUCCCUGGGGUACAACAGUACAUCAGUCAGCUUAUCAGGAAGAACGAGGAUGAAAGGGCUGAUCGGAAAGACGCCUUUAAUAACGCUCAGGCUGACAUUCUGUCCUAUGAAGUAUUUUAUGGAAAUGAACCUAUGGAUGACAAAAGGACACAGGUCUCAACGAACCUUUUCAGGAAUCUUGGGAAAGCCAAGUCUGAUUUAGAAUAUGUUGAAACAGAGAAAAUUGUGUUUGAUUGUAUCCAGACGGGGGAAAUCCCCAACUGGAUUAAAAGGGAUUGUCUUUAUGUAGCCUUGACAGAAGACCCUGCAACAUGCUCUGAGGAGACAGAGCCACUCUCCAGAGGAACUCGUGCAGAAGUUUAAAAUGGAAAUCAAGGUUUACCGAAGAACAAAGGAACAGUAAGAGAUACCAACACUGGAACAAGGUCCCCAGUUUAGAGAGGGACAUUGGAGAGAAAGCUUGAAGCAGAAGAGCGCUUUCUGCAGUAUCUCUGGAGUGGAAAAUUAAUUGGAAGAAUUAAAAGCCCAUCGUUCACUAAAUAUCAGAAAACUUGUGCAGGCUUUUAAGUGUUUUGAAAAUUUUACCCCUUUUAAGAAAUAUUUUUAAGACAUCUUAAAAAAAAAAAAAACCAACAAAACAACAAAAAACCAGCAUUAUGAUAACCUGAAAGAGCCUGUGACUGAACAAAGAAGUCCUUGAGAAAAACAGCUAUAGAACUGCUAGCAAGUGGAUGGGAUGCAUCUCACUAAGUUUUUGCUGCCUAAAAUGGGACAUUUAACAUGUCUCUACAAGCAACAUAUGCAGAGAGGUGGCUCCAAAGGGUAAUUUUUCUCUGUGAAGCACAAGCCUCCAAAAUAAACUUCACUCUGUCCCACUUCAAAAUACUAUUCAGUGGUUGUUUUAAAGUGCUGGCUCUUGUAGCAUAGUAAGUGUUUUAAGU